GAAGAAGAAGAAGACGAGGAAGAAGACAGUCCAUGGAUUCCAAGGCUGAAUUUGCUGCAGCAUAUAAUGUUGUGUAUGAAGAUAUUGAACCAUUUUUUGAAUGGCAUACUGAUGAUGAUUUUCACGUCCUCGUUGUUAUGCUCCCAGGAUUUAGAAGGGAUCAAUUGAAGGUUCAAGUGACUUCGGCUCCGAUCUUAAAGAUCAGUGCUCAACGACAGAUCGGUGGGAACAGAUGGCGUCGUGUUUAUAAGGAAUUCUCGCUUCCUUCUGAUUGUGACCCCAACGACAUCACCGCCAAGUUUGAAGCCGGAACUCUGAAAAUCAAGUUUUCCAAACUCAAAACUCCAUCUGCCAAGUCCCCAGAAAGAGAUAAUGGCGAUGCUGAGAAAAAUGGUGAGGAUCAAGCAAAGCCAACGAGUGAUGGUGAUCAAGUCUCUGACGAAUCCCCAGAAGAGGAUCUGGAAUCAGCUGCAAGCGGAGAUGAUCUUACAAAGGAAACGGGAAAAACUGAUGGUGGGGUUAGUGAGAAAGACGCUGUUCAUCAAGAGGAUCAAGAAAAAGCCAAGAGUGGUGAUGAAGAAGAUUCUGGGAAAACCAACAAGAAAGAAAAGGAACCUGCAGCUGCAAGUGAUGAUUUUACAAAGGAAAAGGGGAAAAUAAAAAAUGGGGUUGAUGGUGAGAAAAAAGCUGUUCACCAAGAGGAUCAAGCAAAAGCAAAGAGUGCAGAUGAAGUUUCCGGGAAAAUACCAGCAGCCAAACAGAAAGAGAAGGAACCUCCUGCAGCAGCAGAAGCAGUAACAGAAGCUCCUGAUGGAAAGCAAAGAACCAAGAAAUUUUCGAGAUUUCAGACUCAUCUUCUAGAUUUCACUCUCAGUUUAAGGCCACCAUUACCUGCUGAUGAACAGAAGGAUUCUUAUAAAUAUAGGGAAGCUCUUGGUGAUUUUGUGGCAAGGUUGAAGAAAAUGAAGUAUUUGAUGAACCUACUGGUUGUAUUGUUGGUUGUGGCAUUUGUGCUAUACCUUAAGAAUGCACUCAAACCAUCUCUCGAAGGAUCAGAAGAAGAACAAGAGUUGUGAACAGCUUCCUGAUCACGCUUAUGUAUUUCAUUUGCAGCAUACACACAGCCAAAUGCAUAGGGCACACAAGAAAUGAAUAAAUCCAGUAAAAUAAAUAAGAUGAUUAAAAAGUUUUAAUUAUUCAAAAAUAAAGACUUUUGACAGUUGAAACU